AUGCUUGGCCAAGCCUUGUUCGCUGUGUGCCUCCUCUUUGGCACAGCCCAGAGUGCACCCACACUCAGAACAAAAGACAAUCAGCCGAAUGGCAAUGUCCAACGUGGGUGGGGUGAGGUCAAACACAGCGCAGACACGCUGCUCUUCAGAAAUCUGCGACGUGCUCUCGCAGAGGAGCAUCGCACGAGCACGCCGUCGGUGAACACGUCAAGACACCAGCCUUACAAGCUCGACUGGCUCCCUCACAUUAAGCGCCGCGACGGUGCUGAGGAAGAAAUUGAACGUCUUGCCGCAACGUCUAGCGCGGAAAAGGUGGAAAGGAAGCGAGCUGGUUCCACGAUUGGAGCCACGGCUGUAGGGGCGCUGAGAAAGGUCCACAACGCUCCGCACGACAUGAUGCAGUAUUCGGCAAAGAUGACGCGAAACAGCGCCAAAGGUCUGGCGGGCGGCCUCAAGAACUAUCCUUUCGUCAUGACUGCCACCUUCUUGCCCUUCGGCAUAUUCUUGGGAUGCGGCUACUUCCAUUGCGAUUUCAAGCACGGCAAACCCGAUCCUACCCUGUCCCCGCUGCCGGUUCCACCUCCGACUCCGGCUCAGGUCAAGCACCUACCGCACGCUCGCAGAAGUGAGCUUUCGACUGCCGUGAUUGGCGAUAUUGUGCGACGAUCAGGAGAAGCGGGUCCCAGCAACGGCAAUGUCGCUCACAACCUGCCAAAAGCCGAUGUCACAAGGACUGCAAAAGCUGUCAAAGCGGGCAAGUCGGCAGUUCGACCCUUUGUCACUGUCGCAAAAGCCAUACAUGCCUACUGGAAGGAGCAUCCCAUCUUUGGGACCGCUGCACCUAUUGCGGCAACCUUCCUUGUGGCCUGCGAGCUCGCCGGCUGCGACCUGAAGCAUACCGAUACACCGCCUAGAAAGCAGAACCACACUGAGCAUCACGCUAAGCGAGACACGGAAGGCCGCACAGCUGCUCUUUAUGACCGUACAGACAGUGAUGGCACUCCACCUUAUACGCUUUUUGGGAGAGACGUCGAUGUACCGCUAGGCCAACGACACUUUUUGUCCACAGUCCCUGGGCGUUAUGAAUCGCUGGAGCAGGCCUUGCAACGUACAUCGAUUGCAAGACGUCAGACUACUGAAAGCUACUGGAAGCGCAGCGAGCUACACCGCAGGACCAGCGACCACACACCAUCGAGUCCGCCGCCAGCUUCCUCGCAUGGUGAUGUAGCAGCAGCAGCAUCCCGUGCCCGUGCCACUUUACAUGGCCUAAUUUCGCCCCAACGAUUCGAGAACCUGCCGAUGGAGGCGUCCACACGCUCAACGUCCUUGAGCAAUACUGGCGCUGUACGAAGCUUCCAUCUGGAUCACCAAAGUGCGGGGCAUCAUCCAACAGCGGCGCCUGGUCAUACGACGCACUCACAUCCGACUGCCACGCCAGAGCUUUUGGAAGCGCAAGGAGCUAGGCAGGCUGCUGCAGAUGAACCACCGGGCAGCCCAAGAAGCUGGAGAGGCCGAUUGGUGCGUCUCAAGAACCGAACAGUCAAUCCAGCGCUCCGCUUCUACGACCGUCACCCCAAGGCGACCAAGCUAGGCGCUGGGCUGACGGUCGGUGGUCUGUUCGGCUGCGUCUUGUUCUGCCCCGAGAUUGGCCUGGUAAAGACUGAGUUUGAUCUGGCUUUCAGGCACACGGACAAGGAUUGA